AUGGUGUCCAAAUACCACAUAUAUGAUGUUGUCCCUUUUAAUAAAGCUGAUUCUCCACAUUUCCAAAACAUGUUGACUACAGCUGGAAAUCUAGGUCCUGGUGUAAAGCAUCCUACCUCCUAUGAAAUUCAGACUCGUUACUUAGAGAAUGAGUAUACAGAAAUGAAAAGUUGGGUACUGGCUGAAAUGAGGAGCAUCAUGAAGGGAGAUUUGAUUCGACCGGUCCGACGCAGAAAGACUGAGCGAGAGAGAGAGCAGAGAAGGAACAAUGUCCGGUUUCAAUUUCGGAUCCUCCGCGGCCUCCGCUUCACAAUCCACUUCCCCUUUCGGAUCCUCCACCCCGGCUUUCUCAUUCGCCUCCUCCCCUUCCCUUUUCGGAUCCUCCGCGCCCGCCACCGCCUCCACCGGGUUCGGACUCGGAUCCUCCUCUUUCGGCUCCGCUUCCUCAAACCCCUCCACCUCCUCCUCCCCUUUCAGCUUCUUAUCCAACACCGCCUCCUCCCCGCUUUCAGUAACCCAAACCCUAGCCCCGCCCCGAACCCGAACCCAUUUUCCUCAUUCGGAGUCGGAUCCUCCACCGCCUCAACCACCACCGCCGCCGCAGCUUCUACACCUUUCGGAUUCAAUCCCUCCACCGCCGGUUCAGGCUCCACUCCGUCGCAGCCUAAGUUCGGCUCAACCGCAACCCAAUCCCUGUUUGGCUCAUCCUCAUCGGCGCAGGCUCCGGGUUCUACCCCAUCCUUAUUCGGGUCAUCCGCAUUCGGGUCAACUGCAUCUGCCUCCGCUUCCGGCACUACCAGCUCUCUGUUCGGCUCGGCUUCGGCGGCUUCACCUUUGUUUGGUACUACUACUACUACUACUACUACUUCUUUCGCUCCCAGCACAGGCUCAGCUCUGUUUGGCUCAUCCUCUUCAUCGGCGGCGCCGCCCUCCUCCACCGCUCAGAACUUGUUUGGCUCUGCUCCGUCGUCCGCGGCUCCAACCACUCCCUCAUUCCCAAGCUUUUCGAGCUCUUCCUCUGCAGCAGCCCCAACCACUCCCGCAUUCUCAAGCUCUCUGAGCUCUUCCUCUGCAGCCCCAACCACUCCUGCAUUCUCCAUCUUUUUGGGCUCUUCGUCUGCAGCAUCAACCACUCCCACUCCCACUCCCGCAUUCCCAUCCUUUUCGAGCUCUUCCGCUGCAGCCUCAACCACUUCUCCUUUCGCAGGCUUUUCGAGCUCUUCUUCUGCAGCUCCGGCCACUUCCUCGUUCGCAAGCUCUUCGGGGUUCUCAUUAUUCCCGAGUUCAGCUCCUGCUAAGCCCACAGCAGCAUCCACACCUACUACUACGGCGCCUUCAUCAAGCAGCGGUUUCAACCUCUCAUUUGGAACGCCCACAUCCUCGGCUUCUCAACCUUCUUUUGGAUUCAGCAAUGCCGCCUCAUCAGCCGCAGCGGCUUCCGCCGCAUUGUCAUUUUCAAAGUCUUCAUCGCCAUUGUUUUCAACCGUCACGACCACCACGGCUUCUUCAACUCCGGCUGCAAGUAGUACUACACAAUCUCCUUUCUCUUUGCCGGCUUUCAAUGUGACUCCUACUGCUCCUCCUGCUGCGAGCACCACUGCACUGACUUCAACGGCAGUGCCUGCCAGCUCAGCUGCUGCUUCAUCAAGCACUACUACGAGUUCCUUUACAGGUUUCUCCUUAACACCUGCUUCUUCGGCGGCUACUGCUUCUUCUUCUGGCCCUUCAUUGUUUUCCAGUGCCUCUGUGCCCGCCUCGUCAUCACAAGCACAACCAAGCACCACACUGCCCGCAUUUGGUCUCACUACUUCAGCAACUGCAACUACCACUGCAACUACAACGACGACUGGUACCAGUACCCCUGCUGCUCCGACAUCAAGUGCACUUGCUGUGGCUUCUACUAGUGGGACAACCUCAAAUGUUAAUGGCAGCACUACAGUAUCUACGACAACACCAAAAUUACCUUCUGAGAUCACUGGGAAGACUGUUGAGGAGAUUAUCAAGGAGUGGAAUGCUGAGCUUCAAGAGCGUACUGGAAAAUUCCGAAAGCAGGCUAAUGCAAUAGCAGACUGGGACAGGAGGAUUUUGCAGAACCGUGAUGUUCUUCUUAGGCUCGAGAUCGAAGUGGCAAAUGUGGUAGAUACCCAAGCUAAGGUGGAGCGGCAACUAGAGUUAAUUGAGACUCAUCAGCAAGAGGUCGAUAAGGCUUUACAAAGCAUGGAACAAGAAGCUGAGCGUAUAUACAAGGAUGAGCGUGGAUCGCUUCUUGAUGAUGAAGCUGCAUCCACAAGAGAUGCAAUGUAUGAGCAGGCUGAGUUUAUAGAGAGGGAGCUAGAGCAGGUGACAGAGCAAAUCAAAUCAAUUAUUGAGACUGUAAAUGCCAACCAGGGAGGAGAAUUGGAAGUAAAUGAUGGGAUGGCUCCACUAGAUGUGGUUGUACGAAUCUUAAACAACCAACUAAGCUCUUUAAUGUGGAUUGAUGAAAAGGCCGAAGAGUUCUCAUCGCGAAUUCAGAAGCUUGCCAAUCAAGGUCCUGCUGCAGAUCGCGAAUUGAUGGGUCCAAGACACUGGAUGUCAUGAUCUUUGGAAUUAAACAACCUUUAUUUUUCUCUCCAAGAUCAGUUUCUAACUGUAUGAAAGAAGUAUAUGCCUAAUAUUCUCUGUAAUACCUCCCUGCAGUUUCACAAUAGUAUGGUUGAACUUAGGCUGGGUGAGAUCAAAUGUUGAAUUUAAAAAUAUUUUGGGGAUUUUGCAAUAGCCAUCAAUGAGUUUAGCCUUUUGUUUAAUUGACUGAUGUAACAAUCCCAUGGAGUGAGAUGUCAAUCUUUCUUUCUACCCAUGGUUGGGUGA